AUGGCGCCCUCCCUGCUCCAACGCAAGCGUGCCAAGGGCUCCGCGGCAGUGCGGAAGGCUUCGGUCCUCGACGACCUACAGGACGCCGGUGCGGCGGCCGAGGCGGCCGCCGCAGGCAAGCCCGGCGGCCAGGCUGGCGCAGAGGCCGGGUGUUGCCUGUUCUGGGCGGUCGGCGCCGGCCCUUCUGCCGAGGGCGACGGGCCGAGAUUGCUGCGCAUCCACGCCGAGGUGGUGGAGUGCGUGGAGGCGAUCGGGGCGGGCAUCCUCGAGAGCAGCGCCACGUCGUGCCUGGUCCAGGUCCAGCCCCGGGAGCAGGGCGGCGUGGAGAUGUGCGCGGAAGACGUGGCCGUCAGGCUGGGCGAGCUGCUGUGCCACUGGGCUGGGGCACAGGUGCCGCCCCUGCCGCUGCGCGUGGGCGUGCACGCCGGCGAGCUGCUGGCCUUCGGGCUGCCCACGGGCGGGCGCGCGCACCUGGGCGACGCGGUGGUGGUGUCCAAGCACCUGGCCAUGUCCGCGGAGGAGGACCGCGCGGUGCACCUCUCCCGCGAGGUGCGCGCGCGGCUGCAGCUCCUGGGCGCCGCGCCGAUGCUGCUGUCGCGCCACGGCAACUCCUACCUGCUGGACCUCGCGGGGGUCGCGCGGGCGGCGGACGACGAGCCGCCCCCGAGCGCCCGCGGCGCGGGGGCGCUGGCGGAGCUGGUGCUCACGGGGUGCGUGAUCUUGGCCCUCGUAGCGCUGGUCAAGAACGCAAUGGCAGGGCGCCGCGUUCCACGGGGAGUGGCCACGCUCGUGCAGGCAACUGCUCCGCCCUCGUACGUCAGCCUACAGGUGCGCGCCGGCCUCGUGCCCGAGCGCCGCCCCGCCUCGGCCCGGCCGCCGCGGGGCGGGCUGCUGCUGGCCGCGGGGGCGCCGCAGCCCGCGGGCGACGGGGGGCAGAUGUCGCUCCCGGCCUUCACGGAGCUGCUGCAGGCGCACGGGAUCGACACGACCGAGUACGGCAAGGGCGACGCGAAGACGCUCGAGCAGUUCUACCACGAGGUCAUUGUCGACCAGGAGUCUUACCUCAUCGUGGCGGGCAGGGUCCUGGAGAGGCUGGUGGAGAUCGUUCGCGUGCAGCUCCUGGUGAGGGGGGAUGACAAUCGGCUGCGCGAGCUGAGGAUCUGUGGGCAGGCCAAGGCGGACGGUGCCAUCCGGCGGAGGAACGAGAGGCUCGCCAUGGUCAUGCCAGCGGGCCAGUGCCAGCACUGGAAGGACGCCGUGGCCCAGUGCCUCGAGCAGAAGUUCAGCCUCAGCCGGGCGAGCCAGCGGAAGUGCCUCUCGUUCGACUGGGACUCUCACAAGCUGGAGGAGGAGCGCCAUGCCUCCAAAACGGUCCCGGACGUCAUGAUCCAGAUGGUGCACAGUGUGACCGUGUGCGUGCGGGAGAGGGAACGGCCCGAGCUGGCCUGCCUGGGCCUCCCGCACGCGCUGGACUUCACCACUCAGAGGGGCACGCGCUUCUGGUCCUGGGUGACGCUGGCGAGCAGCCGGGAGGAGACGCUGCUCAGCCUGCUCAAAGACAACGGCAUCGAUGCCGCCGCGUUCCCGGACGGAGUCUUCGCCGACCUCUACGACGAGGUGUACGAGAGGUGCCAGUCGACGCUCGAGGUCGUGGACCGCGAGCUCGUGCGAAGGGUGCGGAUCGUCAAGCUGUGGCUGCACGCCGAGAUCCUGGCAACGGACCACGUGCUGCUGUUGGCCUCGAAGAUCCAGCGGGGCAAGAGCGACACGCACGACCGGGGUCGCCCACUGACGAUGAGGAUAGCGCUCGACGCGGACUGGCAGCAGGCGGUCCAGGACGUCCUUCACACGCGCCUGGGAAUGACCCGCGACACCCAGCUGAGCUGCGUCGCCGUCGACCUUCGCUCCCACAAGGAGAGCGAGGAGUCGGCCUACUCGGACUCCUUCCCGGGCCUCAAGACCUGCUAUCGCAUCGACGAGGUCACCGCGCGCGUGGUGACGACCGAGGUGGACGCCGCGACUCUGCACCGUAUCGGAUUGCCUGACGGCCAGAAUUUCGCCUACUCCAGGUGGGAACCCGCAAAGGGCCCCGGGAAGGAGAACCUGAUCAUCACGCACUGGCAGUGGCAGAGCACCCGGGAUCUGGUGAACGCCAAGAUCAAACGCGUGGCGUCCCUCACCAUGGCCCCGCGCCAGACCUACGUGGAGGCGCGCCUGGGCCGCAGGCGCCACCUUGUGCCCGACCUGCAGGACGCGCUGGAGCCGCGGAAGCCCGGCUGCUUCCCGCUCGCGCCCUCGGGAGGCACGGUGCUGGAGAGUCUGAUGGCGGGCAGGAAGAUGGACCUGAAGCGGGCGCGGCACGCCGCCUCACGCAUCUGCGACCCGAGGUAUGGCUGCAAGGACUUCUACGAGGACAUCACCGCCGCCUUCCCGGAGCUCAGCCUCUACCUCGUGGGCGACACGACGAGCGGGCGCGCGGGCGAGGACGAGUACCAGCGGACGAUGGGCGCCAUGUUCUGCUUCUUCUGGAUGAUGCGGCUGCACCUCGACGGAGCCCACUCUUUCUGCUUCGGGCUGGACGAGAACUGGAGGCCGCGCCAGAAGCCCUACGACAACAGCGCCGAGGCCAUGGCGGAGUGGGAGCGGCGGAGCGCGUUUCACCGGGACGCCGAGUGGGCAUCGUUGGAGCUGCUGCUGGUGAACGCUGGCUUGCUCGCGGAGGCCACCCCGCACGAGCUGGAGCCCGCACGCAAGCGCAGCUUCCUUGCUCUCGCGUCCAAGAGGGCCUACGUGCUGCGGAAGCACGACCCAGAGCGGACCCUGGCCAUGCUGGUCCUCACCGCCAUCCACGACGUGAUGAAGACGGUUCAGCUGCUGCCCACCGUCACGAAGAAGCACGGCGCCUUCCGCGGCUACAAGGUGGGCGAGGUCAUCAACGACCACGACGCCGCGCUGGCCUACGUGCUGGAGUUUAGCCCGUCCGUGCUCCCCUCCUUCGCGGCCCUCAGCAGGGAGCAGCAGGAGAGCAUCAAGUUCACACAGAGCAAGAUGGAGUACAACAUGGGCUGGCUGGUGCAGGCGGAGGCGCCCCCGGGCGCCCUGUUCCGCAAGUUCAGGCGCGUGGUCACCUCGGGCCAGGCCUCGCCGAGGGAGCUGGCCUUCUAUUUCACCCACUGGUUCACCGACCUGGCCGGUGCCGAGCCGUUCCCGCAGGAGGGCUGCGAGAAGUUCGUGCUCAAGUUCCCGAAGCACGUCCUGAACCAGUUCCUGCUCUCCUUCUCCAUCGUGCAGAACAUCAGCGCCCCGGGCGCCACCGAGACGCAGGUGUACGAGGAGUACCUCGCGUGGCGCUGGGACAGCCACCGGCCGGCCCUCGGGCCCGCUCCGGAGGGCAGCGGCUCGAUCGCCAAGAUGCGGCUGGUGAUCAUGGCGCAGGGCGACAGCCGGGCGAUCCUCGACGCCUUCGACCGUCUGCCCCCGGGGGACCGCGAGGUCCUGAGCGCGGAGAUGGCGAGCGUGGACGUCUACAACCAGACCUGGGGCCGAGAGGCCACGGAGCGGCGGGGGCCGUCCAUCCUCGUCUACUACGCGCCCGCGCUCCUGCAGAAGGCCGGCAGGGACGAUCCCUUCGGCACGCUGGUGGUGCUCGCGGAGGUCUUCCGGCAGGCCCGCGCGCUGUGGCCGUUCUCCGAGAGCGCGGCCAGCUGGUGGGUGUCCGUCCGCGUGGACCAGCUGAAGGAGUUCACGACCUCGGAGAUCAGGGACAGUCAGCCCAACAGGGCCUGGGUGCUCACCAAGCUCACCUCGCGCGAGGGGGCCGUCCAGCGCAUGUCGGUGAACGAGACGAGGCAGGGGGACUUCGAGGUGAGCCACCGCAGGUUGAGCCUGUGACCGCGCUCGUCGGCCGAAGAAGAUGCAGACACAGCUGCAUAAACAUCAACGAGUGUGCCGUUUGCUCGUCUUCUAUGCUCCGGCGCCGUGGCAGGGCGCGCCCACGUAGUCAGGCGCUCCUGCCGGGUGAUUUACCGCAGGAUGAGCCCGUGCGACGGCCAGUCGCUCCAGGCACACGCGGCUGCCCGGCGGCACUGCGGCACCGUGCGCCCCAGCAAGAGGGCGCUUCCGCCGCGGCCAGGCUGGCGGCAGCAGCCCGCCGGCCGGCCAUUGCCUUAGCCGGUCUAGGGUUCCAGAGGGGUGGAAAGGUCGCCCCUUAAGGGGGUCGGAGGAGGGGGACAACUCAUUACAAUGAGGCUGCUUCUCAGAAGGCGCCGGGCCUACAUCUGUAGAUGUAGGGCCAGCGCCUUUCAGAAGCGGCUUCCUGCUGAGAAGCCUUCCCUCCUCCCCCGACCCCCUUGUGCGCGCUGCCAACCCAUGGGCGGAACGACCGUCCAGGCAAGCAUGCGCCUCGGAGAAGGCCCGCCCCCGGGCGCGCCGCCAGUAGUAACCAGUGCACCUCCGCGCGCGCCCACGGGCUGUGACACCAGAUCACCGGCACCGUGCCCGCGCGCGCUCGUCGGCGGCGGCUCCCGGAUGCGAGAGAGGAGGAGGGUGGUCCUCUUCCCCCUUCUCCUCCCGCGUCCGCCUGCGUCCUCCCUCCCCGCUUGAUGGCGUGCACUCCUCCUCCUCCUCCUCCUCCU